AUGCGAGGCCUCACGAUGGACGAAAAAGCUGGCCUUCCGGCCUACAGCGCCUCUGGCCUCCCAUCACCAGCUUCUGGAGCUGCGCCUUUUCGCGGUCGGCGAGCUGGCUUGCGCCGAUCCCGUGUCUUGAAGUUCUUCGCUGCGACUGCUUUGACGUUGUUGGUGGCUGGGCAGUGGAAACAGAUAUGGCGAGAGGAUACGAAAGUUCCGCUGCUCUCGCUGAACAAGCUCCACGAUGACCUGCAGACUUGCCAAAAGCUCCAACACAAACCCCAGGAUCCAAUUGGACUUGGACGAGAGAAGAACGCGCGAUGGGACGAAGGCAGCAAGCCUACUCUCAUCAAAAACGCUGUUAUUUGGGUUGGCGAGCCUCUUGAGGGCACAAGCGAGGCUGAUGCGAGAGCGGGCAAGGGCUGGGAAUGGAUCAAAGGCGAUUUAUUGCUCGAGCAUGGACUCAUCAAACGAGUCGAACAUGAGAUAUCGUCAAGCUCACUGCCGGAUGACACCCUGAUCUUUGAUGCUGCUGGACGUCAACUCACCACCGGCAUCAUCGACAUGCACAGCCAUGCUGGCGUCGAUUCUAUUCCCAAUCUUCUGGGCAACGACGAUACCAAUGAACUCUCGGAUAACACGACUCCGUGGGCGCGAUCCAUUGAUGCUCUUAACCCGUUGGACCACCAAAUUGAAGUCAUCAAAUCAGGCGGAGUCACCACGUCUCUCAUCCUCCCCGGCUCCGGCAACAACAUGGGCGGCGAGGCUUACACUAUCAAGCACGCUGUUGGCCCCAGAAACGGCCGCAAAGAGAUCAGCGCGCAAGACAUGCUUGCAGACCCGGAUCGUAACUGGCGAUUCAUGAAGAUGGCAUGCGGAGAGAAUGCCAAGAGGGUCCAUGGAGGCAUCGACAAAAGGCCAUUCAGCCGCAUGGGCGAAAGCUUCGACUUUCGACACGCUUUUGAGCAAGCUACAGCAUUAAUACAGCGCCAGGAUGACUGGUGCAACAAGGCUGAUGCUAUUGGUGUGGAAAAUAUGGACGGGUAUUUGCCGCAAGAGCUGUUCUGGGAGUCUCUUGCUGCGGCCCUUCGCGGCCAGGUCCAUAUCAACACUCACUGUUACACCAUCACGGAUCUUGAGGCCAUGGUGGAUCAUACCAACGAGUUCAAGUUCCCAAUUCGGGCUUUCCAUCACGCUCAUCAAACGUAUCUAGCUACUGAGAUCCUCAAGCGCACAUAUGGAGGCCGACCACCCGCGUCAGCUCUGUUCGCUGAUAACAUGUUUUACAAAGCCGAGGCCUACAUAGGGUCCGAGUAUGCUGGCAAAUAUCUCUACGAUGCCAACCUCACGACUGUAUAUGUCAGCGACAACCCGGUUAUCAAUGCUCAGCACGUCCUCUUUGAAGCCGCAAAAGGCUAUCACUAUGGUCUUCCCUACCACGCUGCUCUCUCCGCCGUUACCAGCAUCCCUGCAGAGCUGCUUGGUUUUGGGAAACGACUAGGGAAAGUCAAGCCAGGAUUUGAUGCCGAUAUUGUGGUUUGGGACAGCGAUCCCUUGAGCGUUGGAGCUGCUCCCGUCCAAGUCUGGAUUGACGGCACUGCACAGUUCGAAGACCCGGUUGAGCUCUCAAAGCCCAAGUCAAGCCCCCUCGUACCCGAUACUGGGUUAUCUUACAUCGUCGAAGAGCCAACCGAGAUGCAAGAUGUUCUUUUCUAUGGCAUUAAAAAGGUUCUCCUGUCUGAUGAUGAGGUUUUCGAGUCUGAUGGCAAGCCUGUGGCUGUCUUUAUCUCCAAUGGGAAGAUUGCUUGCAUUGGUCCCUGCAGUCCCGAAUAUGAAGCAGCUGCCCAAAAAGUGAGGCGGCGAAUCAUCCUAAAGAAUGGUUAUCUCACCAAUUCUUUCACUGGCGUCGGUCGAACCAUUGGAUUGAACGAUAUCGACGCUGAGGAUGUAACCGACAAUGGGCCGAAUCCAAAAGCCUUUACUCGUGCUGUCGAUGGACUUCGGCUGGACAGCAAGAAGCUACAUAUUGCUGCUAAGUAUGGUGUUACCAAGGGUAUCUCUGCUCCAAAGUUUGUAAGUGGCAGCUCCCAUCAUGGUACCAGUGUUGGCUUCCUCACCGCAGCCAAGACUGUCGCCGAGAAAGGUGCGGUAUUUGAUGACGAUGUCGCCGUUCAUUACACGCUUGACCUUAGCGCUCGCAGCACUGGCAGUUAUUCCGAACUAUUUGGCAAGCUGCGAAGCAAGCUUCUUGCCGCUGCUUCUAAGAAUAAGACAGUUGAGGAUCCUUUUUCAGAAGAUGCCUAUUUGCAAAAGGUGAUUGCUGGAAAUAAGACCUUGGCUCUCACUAUCGAUAAUGCAGACGGCAUUGCCAUCGCAUUGAGGAUCAAGUCAGAAGUCGAAGAGGCCACCAAGUCCAAGAUAAGACUGGCCAUCCUCGGCGGCGCAGAGUCUCAUCUCGUUGCAGCAGAGCUAGGCGCCGCGAAUGUUGGCGUCAUCUUGCUUCCUCUUCAGGUGCAUCCGAAUAACUGGGACCAACGCCGUUCUCUUCCCGGCGCACCACUGACAAAUGGUACAACGAUUGAUUACCUGCUCGAUGCCAACGUCACGGUCGCCAUUGGCCUGUAUGAGGACUGGUAUGUGCGCGACUUGGGACUUGAAGCCGGCAAAGCGUACCACAAUGGCAACGGACGUCUGGGAGAGAAAGCUGCCCUGGAUCUUGUAAGUGGAAACGCACACAAGAUCCUUGGAGCCAAGCUGCCAGAGGAUCAAGCAAAGGGCCACUUCAUCAUCAGCGAGGGAAGUCCGUUGGAUAUUGGAUCUCGAAUCAAAGCCGUAGGUAGUGGCAGAGACAGAGUGGCAGUCUUUAUCAACGGCUCAACGGGUCCAUCUUUGUUGGAAAGGCUGGCAGAAGCAGAAAGUCGUCGCCCUGCCCAACGAGAGGCGGCAGAUGGGCAAUUGUAG